UUCUCAAGCAAGCCAACCCGGAGCAUGCCCUGUCGACUCGCCUGCUGGCUGCCUACUUUGAAAUUCCCCCGAGGUUUUUUCAGGACAACUUUGAACAAACUGGCAGCUUCCAGGUCGCUGCUACGCUCCAGUUCAUCCAAGAGUUUGAGUACUCGGCUCGUAACGACAGUCAGCAGCCCACGAGUCAUGAUCAACUGCCGUGGCUUGCCAUCGCUGUUGACGGAAUUCAACAGUUGCUUGGCUUUUCGAGCUGGCACAACGCUCAACGUCAACGUCGGCUGCUGGACAAGACUCUCGCGUCACUCAAGGCUGCCGUUAAGCGCCCCGCAGCGCGACUCUUUGUGCUUUACGCUGGCACUUUGUCCGACGAACUCACCACUGGCCUGAUUGAGUCGUUCCACUCUCAAACCUCAACUUCAAGCAAGUUUGACUUGGAUGAGGAGGGGGUGCCUGAACCCAAGCGCGUGGAUGCAAACCUCGAGAGCCAGUUGCAUCCUUCCGGUGGCAUACCAUGCCACAUUGAGAAGGUUCUUGGUGUGAUGGCAAGCGGCGCGGCGGCUAAACUCUGUCUGAAUACCCGCACGUUUAUCGAACUCGUGCACUUCUUUGCGUGGGAGCAUACUGUGGCCAUCCUUUUCAACUUGCGAUUGAUUGUACUUGUCGCCAAAGCACUGCUGGAUCAUGCUGACGCUUCGAAGCAGCUUGACAGUUCAAAGCUUGGCGUUUCAAAGAAGCUUGACGCUUCAAAACAGCUUGACGCAUCAGACCAGACUGGUGCACCACAGCUGCCGGCUCACAUUGAUGUACCGCUGAGUCGGCUGCUACCUGGCGUCAAGUUUGGUGCGGGAUGUGAGGAACUCCAACUUCGGUUGCCACUGAGCAAUUGGAGGGAAGACCUGGAGUGCAUGAUGAAGCUCGACAAUGCUGAAUGUACGCUCGCGACUCACAUUGAGCCGGCUAUUGACUUUUACAUGCAUGCUCAAGUCGUCGAGAAAACUAGCGGCAAACUGCGUCCGGCAGUCCUUGGACUGCAAGUAAAGCAUCAUGAGUCUCUUCGUCUCACCACCCAAGACGAGAUUGAGCGGCUGGAAACGAAUGCUCGGAAGGAACUCGCCCGAAAGUGUGUCAUGGAAGAAGACACUGUGAUUCUUGUCGGAGUCAUGUUGGCGUCUCGAGUGACGAUUGCAAAUCCGCCACCGCUUUCGUGGGUGAUGCACCGCGGCGACCUGGAGCAAUUCGCUCAAGGCUUCCAGAUGACAGUUCCUUGA